CUCUUACCGAAGGCUUGCUAGGCAGUAUCAUCCUGAUAUGAACAAGGGUCAGGGGGCUGAAGAGAAGUUCAAAGAGAUAAGUUCUGCAUAUGAGGUACUAUCAGAUGCUGAGAAAAGGUCUUUAUAUGAUCGAUUUGGUGAAGCCGGAUUACAGGGUGAAUAUAACGAAUCUGGUAAUGGUGCUUCAGGGAUAGAUCCUUUUGAAAUGUUCACCCAAUAUUUUGGAGACUCUCAUUCCUUUUUCGGAGGAAGUGGUAGUUCACGGGGGUUCAACUUUGAUUUCAGCAAUGCAGGGCGUCAGGAUCUUGAUAUUAGAUAUGACUUGCACUUGAGCUUUAAAGAUUCAAUAUUUGGAGGAGAACGUGAUAUUGAAGUACCUUGUUUAGAGGCUUGUGAUGGUUGUGAAGGAACUGGAGCAAAGUCCAGAAGUUGCAUAAAAGCAUGUUCUAAUUGUCAAGGAAGAGGGGGAGUGGUGAAAACAGAGAAGACACCCUUUGGAGUCGUGUCUCAGGUAUCUACUUGCCCAAAGUGUAGUGGCAAUGGCAAGAUAAUAACAGAUGCUUGUCGGCAAUGUAAUGGCCGGGGUCAAGUAAAAUCAAUGCGGAGCUUGAGAGUGGUUAUACCACCAGGAGUCAGUGAUGGUAGCUCAAUGCAACUUCGAGGAGAGGGUAACAUAGACAAAACAAGGGGCAUUGCCGGCAACCUCUUUCUGGUCAUCCAUGUCGAGGAAGAGAAUGGAAUUUUGAGGGAUGGUCUGAACUUAUACUCAAAAGUAGACGUUGAUUACACAGGAGCCAUUCUGGGGACAAUUACCAAGGUCAAAACUAUGGAUGGUAUUAGAGAUCUGAAGAUUCCUCCUGGAUGUCAACCUGGAGAUACUUUGAAAAUGGAAAAUAUGGGAGUCCCAAAUAUGAGUAAACCUCAUGAGCGAGGAGAUCAUCAUUUUAUUGUCAAUGUCCGAAUCCCGAAGAACAUCAGUAAUGAAGAACGAGAUCUCCUCAAGGCAUUGGCUUCAAUCAGGGCUGCAUCCAAGGACCACUCUGUGCCUUCUGAUGAUCAUCCACACAGAAGUGUUCCACAUAUGUGGAAGUCACUCAAGAACUUCUUUAGGCAAAAGCAACCAGGCGAGCGGUUUGCAUCAAUGAGCAUGGAGACACGUACCUUGAUGAUCUGUCCCUCUUUUACUCCUUCAUUCGUCGUUUCUGUUUCUGCUUUUUUAUUCUUAACGUGUAUUGUAGCCUUGGUUAAGAUUGCCCGAAGUACAUUUCACAAGAAAGAAAUCACAGAUAAAGACUCAAUCUUUCUCCCUACUAGGAAAUAAAAGAUGAAUUAUGGUGGGAUUUUCUGUGACAGCAAUGUUUCAAUGUCAAUGCAUGUUUCUUUGCUUAGUGGAUUGGUAUUGUCUGCAUUUUAGAAUGUAGAAAUUGAUUUGAUUCAUACCAAAACAGAGGCGGCCAUUUUGCGCCAUAUUCUAACCAAUGAAUUCCAAUAGACUAUUGAAGUCCAGGAUGUCUGUCAUGCACACCCAGAAUCUCAAUCUCGUCUUGCAAGGGCAUUGUUUUGGGUGGGGUUUCUAAGUUAAUUACUAUACUUCAAGUAUUGUUUUGUUCCUACAGUCUUUCUUCUCGUAGUCCCCUCAUGCCUCAUGGCAUAUAAGUCAUCUGUAUUGUUUUUUCUGACAAAUUUCGUUGUUUAUUUUUAACACUUCAGCAAUUGUACUUUAUUAUCAUAGUUUUUUGCAAAUGAUAUAAACAAAGGAUCAGAGGUUUGGAC